AGAAAACGUAAUUCCUAUUCAUAAAUUCAAGAAAUCUGAGUCAACAAAAAACUUUAACCUUAUCCUCCAGAAUGUCCGGUCCCUAGGUACAGCUUUGAAUUCACUACAGUUGAUGGCUCAAGAAGAAAAUGCUGAUAUAAUUGCUAUCACAGAACACUGGAAGUGUAGAGAUGAACUUCAGAUGUGUAAAAUGGUCAGCUAUAAACUGGUUUCAAGUUAUUGCCGCUCGAAAGGGAGUCAUGGAGGGUCUGCAAUCUACAGUAGAGAAGAGCUAAACUGUACUGAAAGGCCUAAUUCUCAGCCCUUAGCUGAUGUGGAUCAAUUUUUGGAAAAACUGAGAACAAUUUUAGAAAGAUGUACUCUGGAAAAGGCUGAACUAAUUUUAGUUGGAGAUUUUAAUUUAGACAUCCUCUCGAGCUCCCCUGACGUCCAAGAAUUUAUAUCUCUCCUGGAAAGUUUCAACCUGAAAUUUAAAAAUUUUCAGCCGACACGCCUUGUUUCAGGCACCUGUUUGGACAAUAUUAUUACUCCCCUUGCAGGACAAACGAGUGUGAUCGAGUACCAUAUUUCCGAUCACUCAGCACUGAAGUUCACUACUGCAUUUAAUCAUAAACAAAAAGACAGAACAGUCAAGAGAAGAAUUAUUAAUGAUGAGUCCACGAAGCUUUUCCUGGAAGAAUUGUCUUUGUUGAAAUGGGAUGACAUUUUCACUAAUCAGACCUGAAUUCAAUGCCACAUAUAAAUCCACCAAGAAACAAUAUGAUCUUCUAUUAUCCAGAACUAAGAAAGAUUACUUCAACAGCUUCAUAAGGAACUCGGAUAAUAAGUCAAAGGCUUCCUGGAGGGUCAUAAAUAGUCUCACAACAGGCAAGAUGUCUUCGUCAGUAUCUAAUAGUCAUGACAAUUCUUCUUUGAUGCCAGAUGAUUUCAAUAAUUUUUUCAUUGAUUAUCCAUCUAUACUCACCCAAGGCUUGAGUAAAUCUCCCAGUGAGGAGCGGGAUAGGCUUGAUCUCUCCAAGGCAUUCGAUUGUGUGGAGCACGGAAGAUUGCUGGAAAUUCUUGAAGAUUGUGGAAUAAGAGAUAAUCAAUUAAAACUAAUGGAGAGCUACUUGUCAUCCAGGAAGCAAAUGGUUGCUAUGGAGGUGGAUGGUGAAGUAUUGACGUCGGAGGAGAGAGAGGUUACUAUAGGCGUACCGCAGGGAAGUAUUCCUGGACCGAUCCUGUUUAUUGUUUACAUCAAUCGGCUACCAAAGGCCAAAGUUUCAGCAAGGCACUCAAUGGGGAUGUUUGCAGAUGAUACCAACUAUAGGCUAAAAUCCUCUAAUAUUUCAACAGCUAUUGAAGACUCCAAUAAUGUACUGAAGUCGGUGGGAGACUGGUUUCGUAACCACAAUCUCAUCUUGAACAUCGACAAGACACAAUGUAUGUUCUUUUAUAGUGAAAGAUCUGAGCUGCACCAUCCCUUGUCUAUAAAUAUUUCAGAUUGUUUCGUCUCCAAAGAACACCUACCCGGUGAACAAAGACGUCUAAUAUGGAGAAUGGUAAAUGAAUAUGAUUCCAAAGGAGGCUUCAAAUGA